CAGGCAGUGGCAGCAGUACAGAAACGGUUGUAAGUGAUAAUGAAAUAUUGGACGACACUUCUGAUGGUAGUAAAGAAAUGGCUCAAGAUGCGGUCGAAUAUUUGGCUGGUUGGGUAGCUAGAAAAUAUAGAAUACUAUUUCCUGAACUAGGCUCAACAACAACAGAAAUUAACAAAAAUCAAAGUAUCCAUGGUCAUGAUUACGGAAUACCAUCAUGGAUUAGUCAUUUGUCAUAUGGAGACUUAAGAAUACCAAGUAAUGACUUUUUAAAAUAUAUUACAAGAAUUGAAUGGCUAUUUAAAAAAAUAACCAAACAAGAAAUACCAAAAGGUUCUGGUGUUAUAAGACGUUUGACAAAUAAAAUUUUCAAAAGAAUGGAAAUGCCAUUAAAAUAUUUACCUGUUGUUCGAACAUAUAUAAAACAAAGAUUACUAAUUAGGAUGAAAUACUCCUAUCAACAUGCCAUUAAACUCUGCAAUAAAAGAAAAGCCAAAGCUCAGUUACAAAAACUUCAAAAACUAAAAAGAUUAAUGACUUAA